ACUCAACCCCACACGGUGUGCCGCUCUUCACCCGGCCAUGAAACACCCACGUCUCGCAGGACCCAAACCAAGUUCACCGACAUCAAUCCUCCAUACCGGACCCUGGACACAGCGGCACCCGCCGCUCCUCCCGUAAGUCACCUGCUACCAUGGACUGCCCUGGACGACUCUCCUCGACUCGCACCUACGGACAACAAGCCCGCGCCGACCUGGACACUGCGGCAUCCGCCGCUCUCUCAACGCGUUCAUCGCCUCGCAAGCAGGCUGCCCCGGGCAGAUCAAGAUCGAAGGGAUGGGUUCGAAGGGGGUCUUUGGUAGAUGACUGGAUGUGAUAGGGUAGAGAAGA